UCUCCUUUUGUUGGAAGAUGCUUUGAAACUUGAAAUAAUACGAGAAUACAAACUGUGAUGACAUUUCAUUUUGUUUUUCAUUGUAAAUUCACUUUUUCUCCCGAACAGCGAAGCCGACGAAGUUACCGGUACCUUCAGCCAAUCAAAAAAUUCCGCGAAAUUCACUGCUGAACUUUUGCGAAAAGUGUCAUGGCUUCACUUGUUGCUGAUUACGGAAGCGAGGAUGAUUUGUCAGAGAACGAAGGUCUGGGGGACGAAGAAUGUCAGACAUAUUUGUGUGGGACUGUUGUGCCGGACCGGACUCGCCUUUUGCUGUUAUGAUCGAGACAAAGACACCAGAAAUAGAUACAAUGCAAAAAACUUCUUGAUAACCAAUGAUGACACUGACAGUGAUGACUCGGACUGUAACCGUCAAGAUGCAGCUGACUGUGCUUCCCAGGAUGAGAAGGAUCGUCUCCCUAACCCCCUCGAGGACAAACUCCCCACUCCUGAUAUGGGGCAGCAAGGGAGGGAGACUGUCACCUCUGUGUUCAAGAAUCCUUUCGAACAGGCGGAACUUGUCAAGAAUUCCAUCUUAGAAAAACAUGUGCGAAUGACGGAAAAAUUACCUGAAAAGGGAACUAAGCAGGUGUGUUGGAAAUUCAAGAAAGGAAAAUGUCGGAUGGGAAAAAACUGUCGCUAUUUCCAUGACCAAGAGAGCGUCACAGGGCUUGUUGUCGAAACAAAGCUUGACGAAAAUGAACCUCAGAAGUUGGGGCAUAAUCAUAAACAAUUGUAUUUUGGGUCUGUUCACAAGAUGCAAGGUAAAGCCUUGGAACCUGAACCAGUCGAUGACGACAACUAUAUGGCUGGGAAGAAACGGAAAUCCAGAGUAGGGAUGUCAAACGCUCUGGUUCCGCCUAAAAAAGCAAUGUCGUCUUUGGAGAGGCAGCGGAAUAGUGAACGACCUUGGACGGUCAACAAGUAGAAAUUUAGGGUUUCAAUUUUGAAACAACACAAUUUAGUAAGAAUGUUUUAAACUGAAUUUUUCCAGUGUUUCAUGAGGUAUAAAUCUGCCCUUUCUGAAAUUCAUUAAUUGCCUGUUAAUAUCAGUCAAGGAUAUUUAUUAAUGAUUAGGUAGUUGAUGAUUAUUAUUAUUGUUGCUUUGUUGUGUCCAGGUUGUUUACCUUAAAAAAAUAAAGUGUUUUUUUUAAAUUGAUUCACUGCAUAUAUGACACCAUUUAAUGGUGAUUAAUGCAGAUGUUCUUUCAAUAUCAGAUAGAAUCGAAUCCUUAUUUUGUGAUUGGUUUUCUUACUUGAAUUUUUAAAAAGAAGUUAAAACCGACUUUCUAUCAGCAUGCCUAUAUGGUAAUAAAAAACUAGGAUCUCAAUCAAAUCAGAUCUUUUACUCUGAUACAAUACACAGCAGUCUCCAUAGAAGAUCGGGUCAGUUGAACUUUCUAGUCAGCCAAUCGGUGUAGAGGCCUCUAAAUCCUCAGUACUAGUACAUUCACAUCAGCAUAUCUGAUUUCUGUAUCUUGAAAACAAAGUUAAUUGGCAUCUUUCAAAAUGUAAAUCACUAAAUGGAAAAGGCAGCACCAUUAUGUUGUUGGGUAUAAUUUUUGCACCCAGUUGUUUCUGAGUGCCAUGGUGUCAAAGGAAUAUAUACAUUGUUCUGUAUAGGUAUUUUUGGGUUAAAAUUGAAAACUCUGAAACAAGGUGGUGAAAAAAUGGAGGCAAAUCAUAUUAGAAAGGUGACAUCUGAUUGACUGAAGAACUCACGUGUCUUUCAUUUAGAAGUUGAGAAGACCUAUUGAGGUGCAGUCAGAUCUUCAAGCAGAAAGGGAUCAGAGUAAAAUAUCUGAUUUUAAUGGUAUUGAGAAAGUUAGUAUGAGAGGGUUGGAAUGUGAACAGUUUAGAGGCAUUCCACAGAAUAAAAUGACUACCCAACAGCAUGGCAUGUCUCUAGUUUUGUGAAGCAAACGGCAUGCAUAAGUAACGAUAUGUAGGAUGUUGUAAGGUCUUAAUGUCAACACUUCAGUCUUGCCAUCAUCAUCAUCAUCAUCAUAUGCAGGCCAAUAUUGUCAAGUUGUUAGAAGUGGGAUAAAACACUACUUAUCCAUCUUCAUCACCAUCAUAUUCACUAGCAACUUCUGUUUUUGUUUUGUUUCACAUAACAUAUAUCAUGUUAAGUACAAAAUAUUAUGCAAUAAACAACAUUAUGGCAAGUCUGGCAUUUAUGCAACCAGCAAGGAGUAUCCUGUAUUUCUGAUGUUAGUUGUGUCCCUCCUGUGGGUGUUGACUACUGAAGCACAGCUGAGGGAAUAGGUACUCAGUGUCAUCUUGGAAACCCGGACACGCUGGGGAGAAGUUAGGGAUUAUUUAGUUUGGGGUAAGGUAUUUACUGUUUAACAACACACAAUGUUUGAGUCACCCGUCUCUGUUGAAGGACGUGCACAGGAAAUAUGGUAUGCAUGAAAUAUGUGUCCCAUAAAUGGGAUUUAGUGGGUCCCCUCAAUAACAACAACUUGAGUUUGUGGCUCACAUCCCACAAAGAAUGAUAAUAUCACGACUUGAAGUAUGUGCAUGUCCGGAUAAACAUGGGAAUCAUGACUACUUGGUCACAAACUGUAAUGGCCACAGGCUUUGGUCAAGUCGUGACGCCUGACCCUAUUGCCCAGUGACCAAGACAGUGUUGUCAUGGUUAUGGGUGGUAGGAGGACCUGCGGAUGGAGUCGGCAACAGAACAACUAGCACUGUGAUGUUGGCUUUAGUAUUGUUUUGUUUCUGAAUUUUCUGUUUUUCUUGCUAUAUGUAUGUAAAGCCUUCAAGUAAGUUUUUAUUGCGAACCAAAUAUUCAUAAGUUUUUGUUGAAUAAUGUAAACAGUUUUGAUAGGGUUAGAUGAUGGUGUCAUGGCCACAAGUCUAAGCCAUUGCUGUUACUAGGUUACCACAGUGUCAAAUGACAAACUACGAACCAUACUCUCUGAUAUUUAAGUUUAUCAGUCUCAUCAUGGUCCAGAUUUGCCAUAGACCAUAUGACAAUUAGAAGAAGAAUUUCUCCACCCACACAUCUUACCAAGGCAAGGGAGUUAACUGACUGUAAAAGUCCAGUUUCCACCGUUGCCGAACUUGGCUGGAAUUAUCGAGUUAAUAUUUUGGAUGCACAAACGAAUCUAUGCAUAGUCCAAUCAACAUCCGGUUAGUAAACUGACAUGCAGAUUUCAGUCAAUUGCAAGAUUUGAAAAGCAUAUGCACCUCCAAUUGGCUUCAGCAGAUACUUUCCAAAUCUUUUCAUGUUUUUAAUCAAGGUGCUCACAUGAUUUGAUGCACUUCGCGAUGUAAGACCCCUUUUACUACAACAUAGAUUUUGAUUAUCAAUCAGAUCAUUUUGACUGGCCGCAGCAAUUUUGUUUUAAGCAAAUGCAAGUGGUAUGAGAAGUGGAAUCAUGAUUGGUCAAUAGGAGGGACAUAGAAGGGUCUUAAUUUCGCAGUUGCCAGCCUAGUUCAGCAAGGUUGGAAACUGGACUUUUACAGCCUGUUAACUCUCUUGCCUCAGGAAGAUGCCACCUACCAACAAGAGAUUUUAUACCCCAAAAUAAGUCUUGCUUAAAGGUAUUUAUUAAAAUGAGACUGAUAAACAUCAUAUAAUUUGAGUUGGCAAACAAUGACUAGAAUGAGGCUUGCUGGGUCGGCCUGGUCCCUCUGUCAGGUGGAGUGUAAGUCACAUUAUAUAAGGGAUAGUUUUUAAUGCAAUAUACUAAUGGAAUAAACUUUGUAUCACAAUCUUAUAAAUAUGCAAAUGAGGUCACUUAUCAGAACUACUGUUAAUCAAUGCAAUGCACACCUGGCUGCUAAUCACUAUACAACAGAUAUUCCAGUUCACUGUAGUGAUAUGGAAAAUAUGUGACCUUUACCUUUUGCAUUGUAUACAAUAUGAUAUAUUUAUUCUGAAAUUAAAUAAUACAUCUUUCAAUACACAUUCAUGAAGACAUCUACUCAACUUUAAGGUCAGGUUCACAAAUUGCAUGUACAUGUUAAUUCAUGGCUCACAAUUUUGAUGUGUGCGUGUUUGAUGGGAGGAUGAUAUUCACAUAUUUUUUAAUGAUUAUUUGAGGUGCUAAUAUACACAACUUUCUUUGACCAUACAUAACAAUGCUAACACAAUGCUAACACAAUGCCACGUUGACCACUAGCUUUUCUGUGCCCUUCUGUGGUUGACCACUAGCUUAUCUGUGCUGCUCUGUGGUUGACCACUAGCUUAUCUGUGCCGUUCUGUGGUUGACCACUAGCUUAUCUGUGCCGUCUGUGGUUGACAACUAGCUUAUCUGUGCCGUUCUGUGGUUGACCACUAGCUUAUCUGUGCUGCUGUGGUUGACCACUAGCUUAUCUGUGUUGUUCUGUGGUUGACCACUAGCUUAUCUGUGCCGUUCUGUGGUUGACCACUAGCUUAUCUGUGCCGUUCUGUGGUUGACCACUAGCUUAUUUGUGCCGUUCUGUGGUUGACCACUAGCUUAUCUGCCGUUCUGUGGUUGACCACUAGCUUAUUUGUGCCGUUCUGUGGUUGACCACUAGCUUAUCUGUGCCGUUCUGUGGUUGACCUCUAGCUUAUCUAUGCCGUUCUGUGGUUGACCACUAGCUUAUCUGUGCCGUUCUGUGGUUGACCACUAGCUUAUCUGUGCCGUUCUGUGGUUGACCACUAGCUUAUCUGUGCCUUCUGUGGUUGACCACUAGCUUAUCUGUGCCGUUCUGUGGUUGACCACUAGCAUAUCUGUGCCGUUCUGUGGUUGACCACUAGCUUAUCUGUGCCGUUCUGUGGUUGACCACUAGCUUAUCUGUGCCUUCUGUGGUUGACCACUAGCUUAUCUGUGCCGUUCUGUGGUUGACCACUAGCUUAUCUGUGCCGUUCUGUGGUUGACCACUAGCUUAUCUGUGCUGUUCUGUGGUUGACAUUGGGAACAAGAUCCUCCUGGCUGUGUUCAUCUGGUGACUUCUCCGCAAAUGGUGGCCACACCUGAUAUUUAUAAUGUUAAGUGAGUUCUUACACCACUCUUCUGGGGGCACGGAUGGCCCAGUCGUCUAAGGCGCCGUGAUUCGCUGUGCAGAGUUGUGUCCCUUGGGCAUGCCAGAAACCUAUGAUUGUGGGUUCGAAUCCCGGUUUGCCCCAAUUAUGUUUCUAGGUUUGUCAGCACCAUACCCGUGCUCGUCGGUUUCACCGAAGUGGUAAACGUCUAAAACCUGCAUCGCUUGGGGCUUUCAUCCCACAUUAAGCUGACAUGCCGCGAUAUGACUGGAAUAAUGUUAAAAGCGGCGUUAAACCCAACUCACUCACUCACUCACUACACCACUCUUCUUUUAAUGAAUUUGUUAUUAGACAUUGUUCAGACGAAUGACCAAAUAUUAUGUUAUUUUCAAUAAAUAACUCGCCGUGAAUGGCUGGAAAAUUGCUGAUGCGGCGUAAAACAAUAUUCAUUCAUUCAAUAAAUAAACAUUUACACCACUUUAUUUGAAGGACACUUUUUUCCAUUAAUAUACAUAAUCUCAGUUUCAAAAGUUACUUGAGUGAAAGCAUCCCUUAAACUUCAAGAGUAGCAUUAUAUAAUUAAUACCCUCAUGAAUUUCUGUAUUGUAGAUAUCAUAUCAGGAGUAAAGUUGGAUCAUGCUUGCCAAAAGCUAAAAGGACUGAAACUUGAAAUGCCUGUCCAUACUUUCGUGUGUAUAUUACAUAUUUUUUUAUAGAUCAGAAAGGGGUAUAUAAUGAAACUAAUUUUGUUUACCAUCACUCGAUCUCUGAAACCAAAUUUAACUUGUGUAUUGUUUUAAUGAGUGCCACCUUUAUCAAUAUUUUAAGCACCCAUGGUAUUACGGCGAAUACAGGAAUCAAAUCAGAUGACAGUUGUUAUUGAGUAUUAUAUCGUGGGAGUCAAAUCCUGACGCUGACAGUCAUUUUCCGUUGUGCUUGACACAUCUUCCAGAAAGACAAGUCGAGCACUGGUGAUAUAUUCUUGUUUCCAUCAUGAAAGUGUCAUGUGAUUGGAUGGCUAAUUUUAGUGAUAAAACAAAGCUGUUGUGGAAAACAGGUCUAGGGUGUUCAUCACAAUUAAAUGGAUACCCUGGAUAGUCAAGGACGAUUGUAUGAUCAGAUAACAUAGUGGAUUGUGUCACUUCGUAAGUUAUAUAGAAUUAUCAUAUAUGAUUAUUUCAUAAUAUAUUGUGUGCUAUCAUCUACAUGUUUGCAUGUGUAUUUAUUAUACCCCCAACCUAAAAGGGUGAGGGUAUAUAGUUAUACCAAGGAAUACUGUCCCGUCUGUCAGAUUUGUUUGCGACCUGCAAACUGGGUGCACACUUUUUAUACCAAUAGGAGAGGUGCAGUGCCAAGUUUGAUGUCAAUAUUUGGAUUUUCAGAAAAAAUACAGCUAUUUCUGUUUUUUACUUAGAAUCUUUUUUCUUUUUACUUUGUGCAACCUUUAACUUAAAAACUAAGUGCAAAAUUUGAUUUUAAUAUGUGGAUUUUCCCCGAAAAUAUGAAUUUUUACAUGUUUUGAACUUAGAAUGGUUUGUUGUACUUUAACAUUUGUGUGACCUAUAACUUGGGAACUACUUCAUGGCUUUUUUUCCAAUUGGGGGUACAGUUUUGAAUUUUUAGAGAAAAUAUUGCUUUUUUCAUGUUUUGAACUUACAAAUAUGUUGAGUGGAAGACUGGGGUAUUGGUGAGCCCAGCUCACUCUCUGCCUUGUGGUAGUAGUAGUGCAGCUGUGAGAUAAGCAUUGUGUCUGUUGAGAUUCGCAGAUGUCACUGUGUAUAGGAUUCCCCAAGCAUGUUGUGAUUUUGAUGUUUAUGCACAUUGCUACUGCAUGCGUUACAGACACAGUGUCAAACAUGCAGUGUAUAUAACAAGGGAAUCGAUUCCCGUUUUUCCACAGGUGCUUUUGUUUACGACAUGUGUCGGUGUGAGGAGCGAUGUCCUUUAUGCAAUCUGCUUCAGUGAUGGCAUUCCUGCAUUGUAACCUGGUCGUGUGAAAAUGUCACAGCAAAUUACAACAUCAUGAGUGAAACAUUGCUGCACAUAGACAGAAAUUAAUGAAUUUUAUCAAUUUGCUAUAACUCCAGAUCACUAAUAUAUAAGCACCCACUUUCUUUGUUUAUGUGUGUUUGAUUUUUUGGGGUCAUCGAUGACCCAAUCGUCAAGGUGCUGCAGUUUUCUGUGAAGAUUUGCGUCCCUUGGUCACACCAGGAACUGCUGAUUGUGGGUUCAGAUCUCAAAUUCACAUUGGUAUGAUCCAUUGUAUGCAUGUGAUUUCACUUUAGUUCUUCAUUGCCUUGCUGCAGUACUUUUGCCAAUCCACCUCCUUUAAGCUGGCUUGUUGGGAUAUGACUGAAAUGGGCAAUCAGAUAUAGACCAGCUAGACCUCAAGUAUGCAUCAAUGUCACUAAAUAUGGUGGACAAACCCACACUUUGCCAGAGCAAAGGAGGCCAAGUCAUGCAUGCUGGGUUUUCUCUCUCGACUCUAUGAUCAUUGUUUGGAAGCACCCUGAUUCUAACCCUCACUUUGUCAGCAACAUACCCAUGCUUGUGAGUUCCACCAAGUGGUCAUUUCAGGUCUUCCUCCCAGCUGACAUGCCUGGAUAGAAGGGAAGUACUUCCUUCCCUCACUUUGUGUGUGGGACAUAAAUAGGCAGCAAAGUAACUCUGUGGUGUAGUGGAUGGAGUGUCUGCCUGAAGAGCCAGUGGUUCAAUUCCCUCGUCAGGUAACACCAAAAGAUGGUACUUGCUGUAACCCUGCAUGGCACUCAGCAUGAAGAGGAUGAGGCGAGGACUGUCAGACUCGGAGUCAGCAUGUUGUGUCUGAGUGGGAUAUCCAUGUUAAACUGUUCAGUGAGCUAGCACGAUAAAACUGGUGUAAGUCUGGCCUAGUAAAAGCAACCACACAUGCACAUUGCGUAAAUGAAACAAUCUUGAAUCCCAUUUUACCUCACUAUUGUAAGAUCAUGGUGAUUGCAAUCAGGGAACAGAGGACGACAGGGAACAGAGAUAUUGAACUAUGCAUUUCCUGUACUGAGAACCCAGUUUGUUGUAGUGACAGGAUUUAAGUGGUUAUUUACUUUAGGGUGGAUGGGCCUCCCAGCAAUGUGAGCUCUAGGGUGAUAGUAAGUCCCAAACUUUAACAUAGGGUAUCCAAGAGGUUAGUGUGUUGGCUCAUCGCACAGAGGAUCUUAGUUUGAUCGCCACACAAGUACAAUGAGUGAAGCCCAUUUCUGGGGUCCCCAGACAGAUACUACUAAAGUAUUAAACGCUACUCACUCACUCACUGUAACAUUGACUUCAUUCAACAGCAUUGUUUGUUCUUCAGUGAGCAGUUAUGAUGCACAUUGGAGCGGCCAUUUGUAUUCCUGACAAAGGUUGGGCAGCAGGUUGGUUUGUGUCUCCUGUUGCUGCAGUGUUUUAAAGCUUCAGGCCCAAAGACAAGGAAGAAUGUUGGGACUAAUCAUUUCUUGUAUAAUAUGAUUGUGGAGCAUGUUUUUUUAUGUAUUUGUUGAAUUGGUAGUAUUUUGUAAUCUAUGCAUUGCAAAAACUGAAAAUUGAUUAAAAAAAUGAAUGAAA